AUGUUAUUGCUUUACAACUUGAAGAGUUUUGUUCCUAACUACAUCUAUGGCAUCCACAACAAUCUGACAGCAGUGAUUGGGGGAUUGGACUCUAAAACCUCAAUUGACAUUGCAAAUAUCUUGGAUAUCUACAAGAUUCCACAGGUAGAGUAUAUCAGCCUCAGUACAAAAUUAUAUGAUAAAAUUAUGACAACCAAAAGCAAUGUUAUGAUUAUCUAUGGUGAGUCCAAUGCCUUGGUUUUCCUGAGAUGGUUACCAUUUCUUUCAAACAAAGAACAUGAUAGAGAUGCAAUAAAAGGAAAAGUAUGGAUAUUGAAUUCUCAAGCAGAACUUGCAUCAACUGUCUAUCAAAAGGACUGGGAUACUCAAAUAAUCCAUGGUGCUCUGUCCUUCACAAUUCAUAGCCACAACCCCCCAGGAUUCAAGUCUUUUCUUGAAAGUAGAAAUCCUCUGAAGCCAAAAGCAGAUGGCUUUAUCAUAGACUUCUGGCAACAUGCCUUCAAUUGUAUAUUUCAAACUUCACUGGUUGACGAGGUGGUUGGAGAACUCUGCACUGGGAGAGAAAAUAUGAAAAACCUUUCUAAAAUUGUUUUUGAAACAAGCAUGAUUGGUCACAGUUACAGCAUCUAUAAUUCUGUCUAUGCAGUGGCCUAUGCUUUACAUGCCAUGUUGUCAUCUAGAUUUAGACAUAGGAAAACAAUAGUUGAAGGGAGUUUGAACCUUCUUAAUCAAGUUGCCUGGCAGGUGCAUCACUUCUUGAAAGGUCUUUCAUUUAAUAAUAGUGUUGGGGAUGAGGUUUAUUUUGAUUCCAAUGGAGAACUACUAGCUGGUCUGGAUAUAAUGAACUGGAUUCUUUUUUCGAACAAGUCCUUUGUUAGAGUGAAAGUUGGGAAGGUAGAUUCUGGAGUUUCCACAAAUCAAAAUUUCACAAUUAACGAUGAUGUCAUAACAUGGCACAGCUGGUUUAACCAGUCUCAGCCUCUUUCAGUAUGCAGUGAUAUUUGCCGUCCUGGUUCCAGCAAAAAGGUGAAGGAAGGGGAACCCUUUUGCUGCUAUGACUGCAUCCCUUGCCCAGAGGGAAAGAUUUCAGAGAAGGAAGAUAGUAAUGAAUGCUAUGCUUGUAAAGAUGGAAGCUAUCCAAACAGAAAUCAAGAUAGCUGCAAUCCUAAAAUUAUCAUAUUUUUGUCUUAUGGAGAACCUUUGGGGAUCAGUUUAGCCUUCUUUGCUUUUUUCUUUUCCUUGGUAUCAGUGAUGGUGCUUGUAAUCGUUAUGAAAAACCACAACACUCCCAUUAUUAUAGCCAAUAACCGAGACCUCACUUAUAUUCUCCUCUUCUCCCUCCUGCUCUGCUUCCUUUCCACGUUCUUAUUCAUUGGUCGGCCCAAGAAAGUGAUAUGUCUUCUCCAACAAGCUGCUUUUGGCAUCUCCUUCUCCAUGGCUGUUUCUUCAGUGUUGGCAAAAACUGUCACAGUGGUUCUGGCUUUCCUGGCCACCAAGCCAGUUUCCAGAAUGAGAAUGUUUGUGGGAAAGAGACUUGCCAACUCCAUGGUCAUUUCCUGCUCUCUUAUUGAAACAGUCAUUUGUAUGUUGUGGCUGGCAAUAUCUCCCCCAUUCCCAGAUUUAGACAUGCAUUCGAUGGUUGAAAAAAGCAUUCUGCAGUGUAAUCAGGGGUCUGAGAUUAUGUUCUAUUGUGUCCUAAUUUAUAUGGGCUUCUUGGCCUUUAUUAGUUUCAUUGUUGCUUUCUUGGCUAGGAAGUUACCUGAUACUUUCAAUGAGGCCAAGUUCAUUACUUUCAGCAUGUUGCUCUUCUGCAGUGUUUGGAUAUCCUUUGUUCCAACUUAUCUGAGCACUAAAGGAAAGUACAUGGUGGUUGUGGAGAUUUUCUCCAUCUUAACCUCUAGUGCUGGUUUGCUGGGCUGCAUCUUUUUCCCCAAAUGUUAUAUUAUUGUGUUCAAGCCCAACCUUAACAACAGGGAACAAUUAAUGAAUAGAAAAAAGGAAUGA